AUGACAUCCAACUUCAAAUCCAUCCCGGUACUCGACCUAUCCCUCGCCAACUCGCCCUUAACUCGGCCUAAGCUUCUCCAAGAGCUCCACCACGCCUUCACCUGCAUUGGGUUCCUGUAUAUCACGAACCACGAUGUUCCACAAGACGUAAUAUCAGACCUGAAACAUGCCCUCCCUAAACUCUUUGCCCUUGAUCCGGCCGAAAAAGACAAAGUGGCUUUGCACAACUCCCCCCAUUUUCUGGGAUACAGUCAAUUCGAGUUUGCAACCGAGCUCCCGGACUUAUGGCGCGUGGGUCUUCCUCUUUAUGAAAGGUUAAAAGGACCAAACCAGUGGCCAUCACAAGACCCGUCUCUUCGAAGUGUCAUUGAACGAUAUAUCCACGAAUUAACAAAGCUCAGCGAAAGAUUCUUACGCUUGGUCGCCGAAGCACUCUCCCUGGAUUCAGAGACUUUAUUCUCAUUCCUCUCGGAGCAGCAUCGUCUUAAGUUAGUCCAUUAUCCGGCCUCAGAUCUUAGUUCAGAUCCGAACAAUCAAGGUGUAGGCCCUCACAAAGAUUCCUCUGGGUGGUGGACAUUUCUUCUUCAAGCUUCACCCCCAACCGUGAAGGGUUUACAAGCUCUCAACAAGACCGGUGAAUGGAUCGAUGUUCCUGUCAUUGAGAAUACGUUCGUUGUGAACAUCGGCCAGGCUUUCGAGGUGAUUACUCAUGGUGUGUGUAAGGCAACGACGCAUCGUGUGUUGUCAGGUCUUUCAGAGAGAUACAGUGUGCCCUUUUUUCAGGGUGUUCGGGGAAGUCUGACAAAGGAGGAGGCGGUUGGGACUUUAAGGAGUCAUUUUGCUAUGCAAAAGAUGGCGCUGGAGGCGUCGGAGGGUGCGAGUGUUGACUCGGCCUUUUUGAGGGGAAGGUAUGAUACUUGGGGUGAGUCGCAAUUGCGGACAAAGAUUCGGAGUCAUCGUGAUGUGGGACGAGUAUUUUAUGCAGAUGUAUUUCAUGAUUAUGUCAAUGACGAUAAUUGA